GUCUCACAGCAGACGAGAUUCAUAUUCACAACAUUCAGGUGUCAACUGUCAGGACUCUUAGUAGUGUAAGUUAACCGUAGUAGAUGUACGAAAUUGAAACCGCAUUUUUAGUAGUCAUCAAAUAACCCAAAACAAAUAGUACUCCUGGAAAGAGUAGAACAUUGAAAUCGCAAAUGAAAAGAAUGUCGUGGACAUUUCGAGUGCCUUUUCAAAACAUAAAGAAUUUUGUUGUUUCACGACCCCCUGCAGUAAUAUUUGCAUUUUGCAUCGCUUCGUUUGGUAUAGUUACCCUCUGUUUGUCACUAUACAUCAAACAUACAUCAUCACCACUCAAAAAUCCAGAUGAAAAGGGCUGGAACGAUGUGGCUGUUAAAAUGAAUAAAUUAAAUAUGUGCUUACUUGCACCUGGAGUGUCCCCCUCUAUUAACACAACAGGAAUGGAAGCUGCAUCUGUUCCUUUUGAAAUGAUGCUUCCAGUUCAUGAGAUCUGGAAAAAUUUUACAGUCAUAUCUGGAAGCAUUGCAGCAAUUGAUCUUGGUCUGCGUGAUCACAUUGGAACAAAUUUAUCUUUUUCUCUGUCUCUGAUGCAAUCCCAAAACAAGCUAUGUUUGAACCUGUACCAUCCUUGGUUUGUGUCUAUGCCACAUGGGGCCCCAACUUGCAAUUCCCUACAGUUUAAUCCUUUCCCAAAGAGUAUUGGGGCAUUUGUACUUCCUCGUGAAGAUAAGAAACUGACAACUGGAAGCAUCACACCAAAAUGCGCCGAUAACUCAGCAUUCGAUGUCAAAUUAUUAGAAAACCCAGCGUGGACUGUACUUUUGGGAAAAGAGGAAAGAGCCAGAUCAAGCCACCAUUUAAUGGUGGCAUCACUUUUCCUGCUAGCUUCGUUUUUCACGAUAUUAUGCUUUGCAGCGGUUCGCGGUGGAUCCUCAAGCAAACCAAUCAAAAUCAGCAAUCCAGGACGAAUAGAGUUAGAAGACAAAGAACCACUUGCUCCAUAAUAUGUUCUAUUCCAUGCAGACCGUGGUAAUGCCACAUGUGUGUGAAUGAAAAGAAUCCUUCCGUCUUCUUCUGAAUGUCUUCUUUAAGAAGUCUGUUUACAAAUCUUUAUGUGGACAGCAUACGUUUGUACAGUACAUUCAAUAAUAAAGUAUGCAUAAUAGGAUGCAUGAACGACA